AUGUCUAAGGAAAUAACAAAGGAAACUGGGAAGACUGAAAAUUACCACAUCAGUCUUAAAGUGGCAGCACAAGAUGGUUCUGUGGUUCAGUUUAAAAUAAAGAGACACACUCCUCUCAGCAAAUUAAUGAAAGCAUACUGUGACAGACAGGGUUUGUCAAUGCGGCAAAUAAGAUUUAGGUUUGAUGGACAACCAAUCAAUGAAACAGACACCCCUGCACAGCUGGAAAUGGAAGAUGAAGAUACUAUUGAUGUAUUUCAACAACAGACAGGUGAUGUGUGCUGAAAAAGAAGA